UUGAAAUUGAAAUUACGUAUAUAUUUACAAAAUGUCCACUUUGGCACGUUGGAACGAAGAUACUACAUUAAAAUUCGUGCAGGAGUACAGGGUUAGAGAAUGCUUGUGGAAUACAAAGGCGGUAAUAUAUAAAAAUAGAAAUGCUCGCGAAGCAGCAUUCCGAGAACUUGAAGAGGUAAUGGGAAUAGAGGGUUUCGGUGUUAGCGAAAUCAAAAACAAAAUAAAGGCUUUGCGAUCUACAUAUUCCCAAGAAUUAAAAAAAAUCAAAGAUUCUAAGAAAUCGGGAACUAGUGCAGACAGCGUGUAUACACCUCACGUAAAGUGGUUCCAAGAAAUGCACGCAUUUCUACAUUGUCUGGAUAAUAAAAGACCUACGCAAGAUAAUUUAGCGAUUGCAACUUCAACGCCAAAUGAGACCUCGGACGCUAGUGAUCAGGAUUCUCCUUCCGGAAAUGCUCAAGAUGGGGAAGCAAAAAUAAUGGCAAGUGGAUGCCAGAGUCACCCACAAAGCAUCGCUGCUUUUGAACUUCCAAAAAGUAAAAAAAGGAAAUCUAAUAUAGAACAAGUUUCUUCAGCAAUUCAUGAUCUGAAAAAAAUUGCAAAAGAUGUGAAUAAAGAACCUCUGGUGGAAAACGAAUUUCUGGUUUUUGGUAAAUGUGUAGCAGCACAGUUAAUGAAAUUAAGCACAGCUAGUGCUUUAUUGGCCCAAGAAAAAAUUCAAUCAGUUCUAACACAUUUUAGAAUCCAAGAACUUGAAAAAAUGUCUGGCACACCUUUGCGUCCUGUUCAAUCACUUCAUAGUUCUUUGUCUACAACGCCGAUAGCAUCACCAUCGCCUUCAUAUUCAGACACGCAUGAAUUCCAACCAUCAACAUCAUUUUCUUCACAUCAAUUUGGAGAACCAGGCAAAGAUCAUAAUACAAUGAUCUUUGAACCAGGUAUUAAUAGUUACAGUGAUAUUGUGGCACAGGCGAUAUCAGCUAUUCAGUAUAAUCCCUAACUUUUUGUACCUUCAUACACAUAUCAUAUUGUACAUCGUAUUGUAUCAUACAUACUUGUAACAAUAAAAAUAUAAAAUAAUACUUACCUUA